AUACCAUGUUAUUACCUAGUUAUCAAUCUCUAAUCUCCACGUUCUGCACAUAGUAAUCGCAAUAACUUUCUGCAAUAUUCAGAAUUUCCUCCCGUAGCAGUUCGACUGGUGUUCACCUGAACUUGUGAUCUUAUUAUUUUGUCGACGGAUCUUUGGAUUGGAAGGUUGCAAUAAAUGGAAAGUAUGAGAUGGCUUUUUGCCCUGACAGCAAUUUUGUAUCUUAAAGUUGCUUCACCAGCAAGCAGUGUUGAAUUUGAUGAAUACAAUGCUGUAGAAAUUGAUUUAAAUGAAGAAUACAAGGUGAGCCCUGCAAUCCCUCCAGAAUUCCAAAAAAAUGUCUACUUUUUGGAUACUUUUGAUAAGCCUGAAGAGGUUGCCAAGCGUUGGAUAAAGUCUGAGGCCAAAAAGCCGGAAGCUGCUGCAGACAUUGAACAGUAUGAUGGGAAAUGGAGGGUAGAGCCAAUGGUAAACUAUGCCCUGAAAGGUGACCUGGGUCUAGUUGUUGCCUCGGCGAAUCGCCAUUCAGCUAUAGCAGCUCCCCUGUCAAGACCCUUCAAGUUCAAUAAUUCUCCGCUUGUCAUCCAGUAUGAGGUUGCAUUUCAAGAUAAGCUUGACUGUGGUGGAGGAUACAUAAAGCUUCUUACGAAUGAAAAACAUGAUCUCAAGAAAUUUAAUAAUCUCACUCCAUAUUCCAUCAUGUUUGGGCCAGACAUCUGUGGCUCUAAAAGCAAGAUUCAUUUCAUAUUGAACUACAAAAAUCCUAAAACGGGUAAAAUCUCGGAAAAGCAUUGUAACAUGUUGAAAGCACCAAACUCCAUCUUCCAAGAUAAACAACCUCAUCUGUUCAGGCUAGUCGUCAGACCAGACAACACAUACGCAUUUUACCUGGAUAGAGAGUUAAAACACGAAGGUAAUGCCACGCAGGAAGAUGAAUUUGAACCAUCUAUUUUACCGCCUCUUGAAAUUGUGGACGAAACAGAUAAAAAACCAGAAGAGUGGGACGAGCGAGAGAAAAUACCAGAUCCCGAAGCUGUGAAACCUGAUGAUUGGGAUGAGACUUUACCAGCGACUAUUGUAGAUCCAGCAGCGGAGAAGCCAGCUGGUUGGUUAGAUGACGAACCGGAGUUUAUCCCAGACCCUAAUGCGAUACGGCCUGAUGACUGGGAUGCUGACAUGGAUGGCGAAUGGGAGCCAGCUAAAGUGGAAAAUCCCCUCUGUAAAACGGCUCCAGGCUGUGGGCCAUGGUCUCCGCCAAUAAUUCCAAAUCCUGACUACAAAGGACCGUGGAGAGCACCUUUAAUCGACAAUCCUAACUACAAAGGGAAAUGGUAUCCACGCAAAAUUCCCAACCCUGAAUAUUACGAUGACAAGAAAGUUUUCAGUUGUGUCAACAUUGGUGCUGUCGGAUUCGAGCUUUGGUCUCUUUCAAAAAAUAUUUAUUUUGACAAUAUUUUAUUGACGGACAGUGUGGAGUAUGCGGACCAGCUCACACAACAGACCUACACACUGAAGGCUGAUAAAUUCAGCGCAGAAGGGCAAUCCUGGUUCGAUUCUUGGUUCAGCACUGCAAGCAAUGGCAAAAGCAAGAUACCCACAUGGAACGAAAUCAAAAAGUACUUCCAGGAGAAUCCAUGGAUGUACGCAGUUACAAUUGCUGUUGUACUUCUUCCUCUCGUCUUGUACUGCACCUUCUGCUGUGGUAGCCGGAAGAGUAAACAGGAUAAAGAGUCUUCGGCUCGGGCUAAAAAGACUGAUGAGGUUGUGGCUGAUGAUGCAGUGGAAGCUGAAAUGGCAGAAGGAGCCCAACCAGAAGAGAUAAAUGAAGAUGAAGAAAGUGAUGGUGAAAGGAGAGGUGUCUCAAAUCAGGAGCAAGACCAAGAGGGAGACGAUGAAGAGCGCAAUAGCCAAGAAGAUUCCACAGACUCGAGUGCCUACAAUGGAAAAGACGAGGAAUCUACUUCAACGGAGGCACCGGACUCACCUGUCGCCGGGGCAGGAGAUGCGCCAAAAGCACCAAAAAGACGUGCCAGGCGAGACUGAUCAAAUUCUCUUCAACUAGUAAUAGAUAAGAUUUUACUGUCUAUCUUUCCUCAUCCUCCUACCCUCCCUCUUUUUCUAUUUUUAGUUUUUUGAAGUUUCCUUUGAGUGCUUUGUAUUCACUGAAAUCUAGUAGGUAAUUUUUUCUCAGUGAAGAAGCAGACGUAAAGGGAGAAAACUCUAUCAUUCUGCUUUUUCUCCCAUGAACACAGAGAGGAAAUUCUUAAUAAUCUUAUAAAAACCUUCUCAGCACUGAGAGAAGGGGCUGAAUUCAGAGGUAUCACCCCUAUCUCUAAUGAGGAAACAUAGAGAUAAUAAUCUCCCCUUGCAAUUCCUCUGGAUAAAAGAGGGAAUAUUGCCUGCAUAAAAUGACUGCUCUCUCUAGAGCUUUGAAGACUGUUGCUCAGAUCACCCAGUAGUUGGUGGUUAGGAAUGGAGCGGAAAAAUUGUUCAUUAACAUAAUUAAUUUGUCUCUUUUUUGAGUUUUUAUUUUGAUGAGCUCUCCAGUAAAACAUUUCAUAUUAAAGGAAGAUAAUCAAUUUGUAUUUAACUGCAGCCCUAUUCAUAUAUUCAACAAAUAACUAUCGAUGAAGUGGUAGUGAACAUUUAUUUGAUUUUUAUUUUAAUUAUCUUUAAAAAACAAAAGGAAAGAAAAACAGAAAUUGAUAAUUUUCUCUUUAUUCUUCAGGAAACUGACUGAUUUUACUAUACAUAAUAGCAAAUGUUUCGAAUUUUAGCCUAAUUGAAGAUACAGUGCUUCACUACUAGUAGUGUAACUAGUAUACACUAAUGAAAACAGAUAUUUAGAUACCUUUUGGUUUCCUUGAUUGGAGUAUCUUUUUUUUUUUUUUUUGGUCUCUCUUGCUCGAUAAGUUUUUGAACUCACAAAGAGAAAGAAGAUUAGAAAUAAAAAGAGGUAUCUAAGGAAAUUCACAUUUUUGUCAUAUUUUCGCUCUUUACCUCUUCCAUACCACAGAAGGUUUUUCUCUUUGCUGAGCAAAGUUGAUUCUUUGUUGUUUUACUGACUAACUCCUCAACUGAUGAACUCAAAUUAUAAAUAAAUGUUACAAGUUGUGAUAUUAGCCUUGUGUAGUAUCCAUUUGUUGUUAUUUCUGAAUUUCUAGGAUACAUUUGAUUAUUAACUGAGUACGCUCAGUUAUUCGACAGAAAUCUCCUGAUGCUUUGUUUCCAUGAGAUAUUACUUGAUUCAUUUCACCACUCUCCACUCCUCUCCUUCAACUUGUAUGCAGGUUACCUUUGUUAAUUCCAUUUUUUGUGAAUAAUGCAUUUCUUUUCUUGUUAGGUUUUCUUUUUUCAUUAUUUUUUAAGUUAUCUUUUUAGUCACCUCGAGAAGGAAAAUCCACAAACUUUGUACAAUGACCAAGCCAGAAUAGUAAUGUUAGCACUCAACCAAAUUCUUGCCUUUCAAAAAAUGCUGAUUUCCCCCCAGUAAGUCAUUAUCUGGAGAAUUCAGUUUUAAUCUACCAACGCCUCCGACCCUGAAAACAUUUUCUUUGUAGCUCAGAUCUUAGGAAAAUAAUGUGAGUAUUAAAAUGGGCAUUCAAACUACAUACAAUAUGUCAUUUUUCUCAGUAUUUGUCACUUUAGAGUUAUGUUAAAAAUAUUUUAUUCAUUUAAAUACGCCUCAAUAAUCCUGAGGAUUUUAUCAAAGUUUGGCUCUCAUUUUCGGGUCGGAGUUGAAGCAUGUCAAAACCAAAUUUCUGAUUGGCUGUAAACCAAGAGCGUAAAAUGAUGUUGAAAUAAUUUUCUGGAGUAAAUUGUGGAAACACUGGUAAACUGUUCUUUGAUCAAGUGAAAGAGUAGUAACGUUCUUUGUUAUCUUUGCUGCCUCCUCUGAUCAUUACAAAAUUUGGGGAUUUUUUUUACUUAAACUGGCUAUAUAGUGGUUUAUUGUGUUAUGUAUUAAAGUUUAAUGUGCAUUGUUUGACAAAUCUUGUCACUUCUAUUGUUUUGUUCAUUGUACAGUGCAUCGUUUAACUAGUUAAAUAAAAUAGGCAUGAAACUGUCUGCAAAAGGAGUACGUAACUCUCCUCUGUAGAAUCAGCUCUCACCUUAAAAAACUGUGUUGAAACAUCAUCAAAUGUAGUGCCUACAUUAUCCUUCAACAUCUCAAAAUUUUGAAGUUUAUUUUUGGUGGUUAGCUUUUAAAAAAAUCUGCAUCACCCUUUGUCAACUGUCGAUGGCUCUCUGUUUUACAAAUUGUACCUCUCGAGUUCUAUAACUGAAUACUUGAUACUGUCUAUGGGAGCUGCAUCAAUAUACUAUCACCAUAUCUUGUCUAUCAAUUUCUGCAUGCAAGACCUUCAUUCAGAUUCUAUAUUUCUACAGAAUUCUUAACUCGAAGUCAUACUGAUUAACAGCAUUUUGAAGUCUCGUUACCCUUAUUGGAUGAGGCCAAAAUUCUUUUGGGAGCAUAAUUGUCUUUAUGGCAUACAGAAAGCUUGUUCAUUACUGGCAGUUGAUGCCGAUUUGUAUUUGCUUUGUAGAAAAUUUACAGAUGGACUUUACUAAGUAUUUGAACUCUAAUUUCAGAGAUCUUGAAGGAUUGCAGUCUUGGGUAGAAUUCUAUGGACUGAUUUAGUGACCGAGCCAUUUCAUGUAUUGCCAAUGAAUUCAGUUGCCCUUAAAAGGUGCAGCUUAGCAAUUGAUAUGAGAGCAGUUCAUUAGAUCUAGGUGAAACGAUCGAAUUAUGUCACUAAGUCAGUCUAUAGGUGUGAUCUUCAAUCAAAUUUUGAAGUUACCUUGUCUCAAUUCACGAUUAUGGGUGCAGGGGCAGAGCAAAGUACAUGUAUCGGUUAAUUGCCUCAUACGAAUACAUCGUUUGAAUAAAGAAGGUCCCACUAGCAAUAAAAGACAUUUAUUUCUUUAGCAAUGUGGAUUACACAGGAUCUAAGCUACUUAUGAAACAAUUGCCUUACUUGUCAAACAUUUACUCCUAAGCUAUAUAAUUCGUUUGACUAAUGAUUCAACCCCCAUGUUGAAGAUCACCUAGUAAAAAUCUGUGCAUUUGGCUCUGUGACUAAUAUACUUUUUCACUGGAUAAUGCGUCGCUCUCAAAAAUGUACGCAUCAACUUGUUUUGGCUCAAAUACAAAAUGAUGGGUCCAUGUGAAUAUUGCUAACGUGGUGUCAUAUGAAGAUCACUCGUUUUUUGUAAACCAAGAAGUAACAAGUGAUAAAGAUUUCGAGUAACCUCUGGGUACACGUUUUUGAGUUAAAAAAUCCUCUUCCUGAAUCUUGAAAGAAAAUUCUUCACCUCCCAUUCCCUCAUACUAAUUAUCCAAAAUAAGAUGAAGGCUUGGUUUCACUUGCAAUUUAAUCUUUAAUUUUUCCCGAAAUCAGUCAUGUCUAAAAAUAUUUCUUUUUGCCCAAUAAUUCUGGAGUUUAUUUUAGAAACAUUAUACUUUCUUCAAUCCAUUGCUCCAUCGUAACUUCCAUCAUAAAAUAAUUAUUAUGAUGAUUGUUUUGAAAACCCUGUCCUUCUAAACCAUUCUUAAUGAAAGAAUAAAUUCGUCACAGUGACCACGUAGAUUGUGUUUCAAAGAUGCAUCUGGAAGGACAAAAUUAAAAAAAAAAAAAACAAUUUGACUAAGAUUUACCUUCGCCAAUGAAAGCCUUGUUUGUUGUUGACUUGAAAUCAAUUUUUACUCACUAUGUAGAAAUGCAGCUAAUCUUACAGAGGUUGUGUAUUGAAACUUCAAAAUGUAUUCUUGAUAAUUUGUGAGCUCAAGGUGUAGUUUUUUUUAAUCUUUAAGAGUAAUCUACCCCAUAUGGUAGCAAGAGAUUAUUUGUGCCACCGCCGUUUUAUGUUAUCUGAGUUAAAGCUCACUCAGUCUGACUGCAAUUAUUAACAUUUUGACCAACUCUGUCAGAGGUAAAUGGGAAAAAACCUGCCGUUUGUACUUUUUAUUGACCCCCAAAAAACCAAUAACAUUGCUCUCUGAAGCUCCAAAUUUGAUCCCAAAUGUAGCGCUGAGUAAAAUGACGUUAUAUCAACUAAUCAUGAGUGAUAUCUCUCAGCAGUUGUAUAUAUCUCUUUUGCACUUACGAGUGUCCAGUUAGCAAGACUACGAUAUAUUUUCAGCCUUUACUUUUGAUGUAUCAAAGCUCAUUUAUAAUUUUAUACAUUUUAGAAGUGUGUUGCUAGAACUUUGAUUAUAGUUCAAGGUAUCUUUUAAAGUAUUAAAAUAAUCACUGAUUUUGGAGUCAAAUUUCAGCAAUAUUAUGUGGUGGUCAUUUUUAGAACUAGUAGGGUGGAUCUUCAAAAACGAAUUAUCAUAAAAAUUUAGCCUUUUUUUGUUAUUAUAUUCAGCUUAUAUUGUUUGAUACUAUUAAACCCUUUAAUUCUCAAUGGAACAAACAAACACUGAAGCAUAAUCAUUUAAUCAAAAAUUUUCCUCCUUUCAGGUAGCCCUUUCCUACUUUUAUACUUUUAUUGCAUUUCAAUUUAUUAUAUAUUUUCCAAAA